GAUGUAACCAUGACAACCGUUGGAUCCUCGUCAAACAGUUCGUAAAACUGUUAUAAAUUCUCCGUCUUUUGUGGGGCUUGGUAGCUGUAUAACUGACAUUUGAACAGCAUGGAGGACGACACAGAAACUGUGGAACUACCCGAUCUCCCAAAGGAGAAGCAGGGAAAAGCGGUACCCGAAAAGCGUCGAAGUGAGACGCCGAAGGCCGGUGGUGCUCUGGAGCCGCAGGCCGGCCAGGCUUCUGCCGAUGUUACGCUGACAAUAAAAGAUGAAAGUAAAAUAAAAUCCAAACAAAAGGUGGCCAAUUACCUUUUAAUGCCUGAGAUGAACAAAGCUACCAUAUCGUAUUUUGGCAGCGAAGAAGCAGUUAAAAAAGAGAAGAACAGAGCUGAGGGUCAGGAGAAAUUCGUCAUUCACCCCUACAGUUCAUUCAGAAAAUACUGGCUUGUGCUUAUGCUCCUUAUUACCUUUAUCAACGUCUUAAUUAUUCCGCUUGGAGUCAGCUUCUUCACGGAAGAAGUGCAGAGCAGCGCUGCGUGGAUCGCCUUCAAUGUCAUUUCGGACGUCAUAUUCAUCUCGGAUCUCAGUUUAAAUUUCUGCAUCGGCUAUACAAGUGACGAUGCAGAUAAUGUUGUGUUGGACAAGAAGAUGAUCAGAAAUCGUUACUUUAAAUCGUGGUUCAUUCCAGAUUUACUUGCAGUAACACCUGUUGAUUACUGCUUACUCAUUAGCACUGCUGCAGGUGCCAUUUACACAAAACCAGCUGGAUACAGUGGCGUUCGAAUGAUGCGAAUGCUCAAGCUGACAAGGGUAUUCAGCUUAUUACGUCUGUUCCGCUUUUCAAGACUGCUUCGUUAUGCUCGCUACUGGGAAGAGGUCCAUGGCUGGAAUGUGGGUGGAAUAGCUGUAGCUCUGCACUUCAGCUACAUGCUUCUGAUCAUUAUUUUGUUGUGUCACUGGAAUGCCUGUAUUCAGUUCCUGGUUGCUAUGCUGAUGGAAUUCCCUGAGAAUAGCUGGGUGACAAUUGAUGGGCUCGUGGACAAGCCCAUCGGCCUGCAGUAUUCCAAGGCCAUGUUUCGUGCCUUGUGUCACAUGAUGACUCUUAAUUAUGGAUCUGUUGGAAUUCCAAGAGGGAUUUCGGAAGUUUGGGUUGUUAUUCUCAGCAUGCUGGUUGGAGCUGUUAUGUAUACUCUAGUCCUUGCCAGACUUACCUCACUAGUGACACAUUCGGCGGCAAGUGAGAGAGUGUUUGAUAGCAAGUACAAUGAAGUUAAGGAGUACAUGCGCCACCACCAUUUACCAAGUAAACUCCGAAAUCGGAUAAUGGAUUAUUUAGAAAACAGAUAUCAAGGAAAAUGGUUUGAUGAAGAGACUAUUCUUAAGGAGCUCUCAGAACCUCUCAGACAGGAAAUAGUCAGUUACAACUGCCAGAGCCUUGUGUCUAACAUGCCGGUUUUUAAAGAUGCGGACCCACAUUUCAUCACAGCCCUGCUUGAAGUGUUACAGUUUGAAAUGUAUGAAACUGGAGAUGAUAUAAUACGGAAGGGUGCUUUUGGAGACUGUAUGUAUUUCAUUGACAGAGGUACAGUGCUGGUACAGGCUCCGAAUCUUCAACAGAAACUGACAGAUGGUGCUUUUUUUGGAGAGCUGUGCCUGAUCAGAGACGGGAAGCGGACGGCCAGUGUGAAAGCCCUGACACCCUGCAGACUGUACUCCCUCUCGGUAACUGGCUACAGGAAGGUUCUCCAACAGUUUCCCGAGCUGCAGGCACAGAUUGAAAAAGUUGCCAUUGAGCGGCUGAAAAUAUUGGAAGAUGCUGUUAAAACAGAAAAACCCUGCUGAAAAUGAGAUUAUUCGUACCAAAUAUAAUUCAAGGCAAGAUAAAUUAUUAACAGCCUGUUUGUGAUAUUUGUAUAUGUUGUUUUUUUAAUAUCCUGUUUUGUAUUAGUGAAAUUGCAUUUACUUUUUUUCUUUUUCGAUAUUGCCU